CCCCUCCCCAAAUGUGUGUGCAUGUAUGUAAAUGAGGAAGGCGAGGGGUGGGCAGUAGAGGAACUCGCCCCCGGCGCGCCGAGCCAGCCACCUCCUCUUUCCCGGACCGACGCAGGCGGCGGCAGGAGGAACUGCGGCGACCACGGGUGUCGGUGCAGGAGCGCAACACGUGUUUGCCCGGGCGCGAUGGAAUUCGAGGAACUGGGGAUCCGCGAGGAGUGCGGCGUCUUCGGCUGCAUCGCCUCCGGCUUGUGGCCCACGGAGCUGGACGUGCCCCAUGUGAUCACGCUGGGGCUGGUCGGGUUGCAGCACCGGGGCCAGGAGAGUGCAGGGAUUGUGACAAGUGAUGGAGAGUCAGCCCAUUCAUUAAAAGUACACAAGGGAAUGGGUCUGGUUAACCAUGUGUUCAGUGAAGACAGUCUGAAAAAGCUAUAUGUUUCAAACCUUGGGAUUGGCCACACAAGAUACUCUACCUCAGGAGUCUCUGUCUUGGAUAACUGUCAACCAUUUGUUGUGGAAACACUGCAUGGGAAGAUUGCUGUAGCCCACAAUGGAGAGCUGACAAAUGCUGUGCGGCUACGGAGAAAGCUAAUGCGCCAUGGAGUAGGACUUUCUACCAGUUCCGACAGUGAACUAAUCACUCAGCUGCUGGCGUUCACUCCUCCUUUGGAGCAAGAUGACACACCAGAUUGGGUAGCAAGAAUAAAGAACUUAAUGCAUGAAACACCCACUUCAUAUUCUCUUCUGAUGAUGCAUAAGGACAUUAUCUAUGCAGUGCGUGAUCCAUAUGGGAACCGGCCACUUUGCAUUGGCCGCCUCAUUCCAGUAGGUGAUAUAUAUGGAAAAGGGAAAACAAAUGCAGAAACUGAAGGAUGGGUGGUUUCCUCAGAAUCCUGUAGCUUUUUAUCUAUUGGUGCAGAAUAUUACCGUGAAGUUAUGCCUGGAGAGAUUGUGAAGAUAUCUAGAAAUGAACUCCAAACACUGGAUGUUGUACCAAGACCCGAAGGAGAUCCAUCAGCGUUCUGUAUUUUUGAAUAUGUAUAUUUUGCAAGGCCCGACAGCAUCUUUGAAGGUCAAAUGGUGUAUUCUGUUAGGAGAAGAUGUGGGCAACAGCUUGCUAUUGAAGCUCCUGUAGAAGCGGAUUUGGUUAGCACAGUCCCAGAAUCUGCGACACCUGCAGCCCUCGGUUAUGCACAAAAGUGUGGAUUACCAUACAUUGAAGUAUUGUGCAAAAACAGAUAUGUAGGAAGAACAUUCAUUCAGCCAAACAUGAGGUUAAGACAGCUUGGAGUGGCCAAAAAAUUUGGAGUUUUAUCAGACAACUUCAAAGGGAAGCGUGUUGUUCUUAUUGAUGAUUCUAUUGUGCGAGGCAACACUAUUUCACCCAUAAUUAAACUACUGAGAGAAUCAGGUGCUAAAGAGGUACACAUUCGUGUGGCUUCACCUCCAAUACGAUUUCCUUGUUACAUGGGAAUAAACAUUCCAACAAAAGAAGAACUCAUUGCCAACAAGCCUGAAUUUCAUGACCUAGCCAACUAUAUAGGGGCUGACAGUGUUGUCUAUCUUUCAGUAGAAGGACUGGUAUCAUCUGUCCAAGAGAGCAUUAAAGCAAGACAUGAUAAUGAAAACAGCCUAAAGACCAACAAGUUCCGGGUUGGGAAAAUAGGCCACUGCAUAGCUUGUCUUGUUGGAGAAUACCCCGUAGAGCUACAAUGGUGAAUUUUCAGAAUGCAAACACCAAUGAAUUAAAGUAUGGAACUGAUGACUUGCUUGAUAGCAAUACUCUUGAUCAAGCUGCUCUCGUUUUAGUUAAAACCUUAUUAGGGAUGGUAAAGAACAUAAAGAAAUAAAAUAUAAAAAUCAUGUGAUAAACAUUAGUUCUGGAACUUUGGGUGAACAAAGGUUUACCAAAGUCUUUUAAUUCCUUAGCUGGCCUACUCUUGCUGAGAAAUUUGGAACUGUUCUUUGAUUUUUAUGCAUUAAUGUGGGUGGGGGUAGUGUUGUCCUUUUUUUUUUUUUUUUUACAAAUGAUUUUCAGACAGGCUAUGAGCCAUUAAGCCAUCCCAAAUUUAAGCAGUAUUCAGUCAAAGGAAAAUGUGAAAUUUGGUUUUAUAAAAAUGACAAAUUUUUAAGUUUAAUAACUGUAUUUGCACCUAUUUCCAUCUGUUUUUCAGUUCUCUUUUUGAAAAAUGAAAUGUUCGCAUUCCUGCUUAUGUAACUAAAUCAUCCAUUAUAGCUUGCUUCCAAAGAGACUGAAUAUCAUUUUCUAUAGUAUGUUGCUGAGACUGGGAGACUCAGGGAAAUACUAUGCCAAAACUGUCUAAUACCUUGAGCCUUAAUGAUUUCAAAUAUGCUGUAUUAAAGUGUUUUCACUGUGUGUCAAAGGAAUGUGACAGGGAGAAUUAGAUUGAUAACCAUCUUGAACACCAGAUGUUCAGCGCUAAUUUUCUCUAACAUGUUCUUUCAUCUUGAAUGCUUACUUACCUUGUAGUUUGAGUGAAUGUUUUAACUACAUGUAGGCCUUCAAAGAAGACUCCAGCAAUGAAAAAUUAGCAUGCAAACUUUUAAAUGGAGUAUUUUAACACAUAAUAAUGCUCCUUAAUUUAAUAUAUAUUACAUCUUUGCUCAGUAUUUAAAAAAAAACUUGUGCUUUUUGUGUCUAUAAAUGGAAAGUUUCAAUAAUUCCUUAGGGGACAUAAGAGGCAAAGCUGAUUUGAAUUAGAAUUGCAAAUAAUUCUAACUCUUUACAAAAAUCACUGUUCCUUUGUGGUCUCUGGACAAUCCCACAUAUCACCAUGUGUCCUGCAUGUGCCUGCCCAGAGCAACGGUUGGAAUUAUCACGAGCUAGACACAUAUUUUGGCAGGAAGCUCAAGGCACCCUCAAUGCUCAGGAGAAAUGGCUCCUCCAUUUCUGUUCAGUUCCUCAGGACCUGUGCAGCAGUGGCAUGAUGGAGAACUCACUGCUCUUUAGACUCUCUGGAGCACAUUAAACCUUAUCUUCUCCUCUUUGUUUUCUUCACACAGAUGGGUUUUAUAGUCCUUCACUUCCUUCUAUCCAAAGGGCAGGGCAAAUAGAGCAUGCAACAGGGUCGGAGGUACCUUAUUUACACAUUGAGUCAAUUUGAGAGUUAUUCAAAUAGUUCUGUUUCCCAAAUAUGGUAAAUAUGCGUACUUGCAGAGCCAUUGCAAACACUCAUGAAGGUGGGAAAUACUAAACAGAAGAUGUGAAUAGCCAGGAAAAAAAUAAACUAUAAAGCUAAGAAGACCUUUUAUCUCACUUUCUUAAGUGCUGGAUUCUACUACUUUUAAAAACAAAGCUACUUGACUGACAAAGCUACUUAAAGGUUGCAAGUGGCUUCCAUAGAAUGAGGAGCACUAGGAAGACUGCCUAGCAGAAUUGGACAUAGCCUUCAAAAUAAAUGAAUAAAACAAAUUCCCUAAGACAACUGCUUAUCAUUUCUAAGCAAGCAUCCUUUAUGAUUCACAAUGUAUGUGUAUUUCCAUUCCGUAUACUGUGUAGACUGUGUUAAUUUAUUGUGUACAGUUUCUAUGAUGUGUGUGCAUUUCCAGCAAAGGGCUUCUAGUGCAAGUGUACAGAAUCAUUUUUUUAAUCUUACAAAGACAUGAACAAGAAUUGUAGACUAACUCAUAUAGCAUGGAAUCUUAAAAUACAUAAUGAA